UGAUUGGUCGAGACAACACUGAGGCCUUUGUUAUUGUGAAUAACUUAUGUUGCUUAGCGCAUUUGAGAACUUUAUGUGAAAUAUUUGAUGAAAUAUGGUCGAAUCGAUGCAAGAAGAUACAAAUUUGUCACGGCGAGCACAAAGUUUAACCAAGGACGAAAAAGCUGACGCAAACCAAGCAGACAUGACUGCAAAUGAAAAGAAAUCAGAUGAAGAUGUUUUUGCUAAACCAGACAAUGAGAACGAAGUAAAUGAUGUGCAACAAGGUUUGCUCGGUCGCUUAUCUGGAACUGUUUACAACACAACAAAAUAUGCCGCCGGUACAGCGUAUGGUGGAGUAACCUGGGUUGCUGGAGGUGUCUUGUCCACGACUGGCACCGCCAUUGGUGCAACUUAUAACACUGUUUCAUCCUUCUCGCCUGUAACUAUAUUCAGGAAAGGAAGCAAGAGUAAAUCAGAUUAACUCAUCAAAUGGAUGAAUAAAUUACUGGGAAAUCAGCAACAUUUUCGCGUAAAUAAUACCAUUUGCGAUUACCA